AGGCAGAAGGAGGAGAUUGGGCAGGAGACACUGGGUGGUCAGCAAUUAGCGCAUUGGUGCUCAUGGGCUUUGUUCGAUCCGUGCCUCGUCUCUCUCUGGAAAGGGAGGGAGACUUCGCCGUUGAAGUUCCAAGCUUGAAGUCAGGCUUCUCUCAAACCUGUGUGCUGAGGAGACUCGGAUGUUGGCCUCAGCUCCUAGGCUGAACUCAGCAGAUCAGCCCAUGAAAACUUCUGUAUUGAGACAAAGGAAAGGAUCCUUCAGAAAGCAACACCUAUUAUCCUGGGCUUGGCAGCAAGGAAGAGGACAGGUAGUGGAAAUCCUACAAUCUGAAAAGCAGACUGAAAGGUGACAAAGAAGCUGAAGAUGGGUGGCGCAGAGAGGUAUAACAUUCCGGCCCCUCAAUCUAGAAAUGUUAGUAAGAACCAACAACCGCUUAAUAGACAGAAGACCAAGGAUCAGAAUUCCCAGAUGAAGAUUGUUCAUAAGAAAAAAGAAAGAGGACAUGGUUAUAACUCAUCAGCAACUGCAUGGCAGGCCAUACAAAAUGGGGGGAAGAACAAAAAUUUUCCAAAUAAUCAAAAUUGGAACUCUAGCUUAUCAAGUCACAGCUUACUUUUUAAAUCUCAAGCUAAUCAAAACUAUGCUGGAGCCAAAUUUAGUGAUCCGCCAUCACCAAGUGUUCUUCCUAAACCACCAAGCCACUGGGUUCCUGUUUCCUUGAAUCCUUCAGAUAAAGAAAUAAUGACAUUUCAACUUAAAACCUUACUUAAAGUACAGAUAUAAAAUAACAAAGUAGCAUUUU